CUUAAAGUAUAGUAGUUUUCCAUGGGCGUGGUCAACACUCAACAUCUCCUUGAACUGGAAAAUGAAAAAUGAGAGAGAGUGAUGGGAACCGUGGCGAUUAUUUUUCCUAAGAACUCAACAGCAUCAGACCUAUAACUGGUGUUCUUAAUGCUUCCUGCGUAAACAGUACUGUGCAUAUAGAUAAAUAAAAGUGUUGUAAGGUGUAUCGAGUUUUUGAAGAAUGGAUUGGCACGUCCAUAGCGAACUCCCCAUGGUGCUUGCAUGCAUAGGGACCGUCAUCUCUUUGUUGCUGACAGCCGCUUUGCCGCCAUCCCUCUCCCAAUCACCACCUUCCAAUCACUCCCUCUGUAAGCAUCCAUAUGAGUGUGGCGAAUACAAAUUAUACUACCCUUUCUGGGGGGAAGACAGACCAGUCCAGUGUGGCGGCGACAAAAAACUCAAGCUUUCAUGCGGGACGGAGAGUGGUAAAUACGGCGGGGAGAUCGAUUACGCUUAUAUUGAAACGGACUCACAACGUUUCAAAGUGGUGGGAAAUGAUGACGCCGUAAAUACUACUUUUACAUUGGUGCCCUUGCCAGUCGCUGACAGAGAACAUGAUGUUUGCUCUAUGAAUUUCAAUUAUGCUCUGAAUUACCUUCCAUUCACCUAUAACCAAAUAGUGCACAACAUCACCAUAUUCUAUGAUUGCACCUACUCUCGGGAUUAUCAAAGCCUAGGGUGCGGGGGUAGUGGUGAUGUUGUAUAUUAUAACGGUACGGAAAAUGGGGUGCUGGCAAGUCAUGAAGAGCUUAAGGAUUGCCAACAUCGUAUCCAAGUGGCCGCUGAGGCUGUUGAGUUGAACGGGGUCGGAGUUGAUGAUGCUUUUCCUCUGUAUUUCGGUAAAGGUGUGUCGGUGAGCUACACUUAUUCUCAAGAUUGUAUGAGAUGCGUGGAGAGUAAAGGAAGUUGCGGGAGCAACGAUGCGCAUGCAUUUACCUGCUAUUGCCCUGAUGGAUCUAUUGCCCUCCCAUGUUCUCAUCCUGCUCCUGCUCCUGCUCCUGCUCCUCGUCCCGAUUAUCGUUCUCGAGAAAAGAGAAAUCACUGGAGAUGGAUAGUCCUUAUAGUUGCUGCUGCUGUGAUUGGAUUGGUAGCCCUUGCCAUGGCCGUUAUUUUCUAUCAAAGGCGAAAGAAGACCAGUUAUGGAUUGUCUUAUACACAGCCACGGAGCUUGUCUUCUGAUCCAUCAUCUUGGAAAGAUACUGAGAAGGGAAGUCAAUACUUUGGAGCGCACCUCUUUACCUAUACUGAACUUGAAGAGGCUACUAACUUCUUUGACCCAUCCAGAGAACUAGGAGAUGGAGGUUUCGGGACAGUGUAUUAUGGACAACUACCAGAUGGACGUUGCAUCGCAGUGAAGCGGUUAUAUGAGAACAAUUACAGGAGAGUAGAACAAUUCAUGAAUGAAAUUGAGAUCCUAACUCGCCUACGCCACAAAAACCUUGUCUCACUAUUUGGAUGCACUUCUCGCCACAGCCGUGAACUUCUGCUUGUCUAUGAGUAUAUUGCAAAUGGAACUGUUGCUGAUCAUCUUCAUGGAAACCGAGCCAAAGCUGGUACACUGCCCUGGCAUAUUAGGAUGAACAUUGCCCUGGAGACUGCAACUGCCUUGGCAUAUCUUCAUGAUUCUGAAAUCAUCCAUAGAGAUGUCAAAACCAAUAAUAUUCUUCUUGACAGCAACUUUGUUGUGAAAGUCGCAGAUUUUGGACUUUCGCGCCUUUUUCCAAACAAUGUCACCCAUGUUUCAACCGUUCCACAAGGGACACCUGGUUAUGUGGAUCCCGAGUACCAUGAAUGCUACCAGCUUACUGUCAAAAGUGAUGUUUAUAGCUUUGGAGUUGUGUUGGUUGAGCUGAUAUCAUCCUUGCCGGCUGUUGAUAUCACAAGGCAUCGGCACGAAAUCAAUUUGUCCACCAUGGCCAUUAACAAGAUUCAGAAUCAGGCACUGCAUGAGCUAGUGGACAAAAAUCUUGGGUUUGAUUCAGAUUUGAAGGUAAGGAAGAUGAUAAAUGCAGUAGCCGAGUUAGCAUUUCAGUGCUUGCAGAGUUCCAAAGAUAUGAGACCUUCAAUGCAAGAAGUAGUGGAUACUCUCAAGGAUAUACAGAGUGAUGGCGAGUACAAAGGCCAAAGCCAUGCUGAAGUCAUGGAUAUCUCAUCAACAGCAGAUGAUGCUGUAUUGCUGAAGGAUGAUCCGCCUCCACCGUCGCCGGCUUCAACUGUAGGGAGCAAAUCUACAACACCAAAUGCUAGUGGAUAAGUGAUCCUUUUUUCACAUUUCAGAAAAUAGCAGAGAGCGCAUCAAACAGGUAGCGUCCACCCAGUUAGAGCCUGGGCGCUAUCAUUAGUAAUGUAGAUGACUUUAAGAUUGAGAUGUACAUAGAUGCUGAUAAAGCUGCGUUGGUUAUGAGAGUUUAUCUGUUUAAUAAUUAUAUUAAUAUUAUUGUUAUAUUUUUCAUGUGAUAUCAAGUUUAAAUAAGAUGCAUUUUUAAUUCAUUUUUCCAUUUUAAUAA